CCCCUCCGACAGUCUGAAACAUGGCGUUACGGGAGAUAUCGUCGCUGGAGAAAUAUUUAGGAUUGAAAAAGCCGAACAAGUACAGCACACAGGGGGAUAAAAAGGUGCCUGUGCUACAAAAUAACAAUGGUCCUCCACUAGUAGGGCUGGUGACCAUCGCCUGUCACCUGGUGAAAGAGGCCAAGCGCCCAGAGCUGCUGGGAGACUCUGCAGAGAGCAGGGCUGUGGUGCAGCAGUGGCUGGAGUACAGAGUCACCAAGCUGGACGGCUACACAAAGGAAGACAUCAAGACCAUCUUGAAGGAUCUCAACCUCUACCUGCAAGACAAGGUCUACCUGGCUGGCCACCAGUUCACCUUAGCUGACACUUUCAUGUACUGUGGGAUCCAUCCACUCAUAGUGGACUUGGCCAUCCAGGAGAAGGAGCAGUAUGUGAAUGUGACGCGAUGGUUCGACCAUAUUCAGCACUACCCUGGCGUCAGACACCACCUCCCUCCCGUAGUCGUACUUAGGAACAGAAUUUACACCAGCAAACACCACUAAGACCCGACCCCACCCGACCCGGCCUGACUCAUCACAAGCUCGUCUGUCUUUUGGACCUGGGCAAAUUAUCUCCCGAAGUCCAUGAGUAUAUCACAUCAUCAUCACGAUAUGAGGACGUUUCUACAUAGCAACCAAACUCUUUUAUUCCUGUUUUCGGAUCAUUAUUCCUGCCUUUAUGUUUUGUCGUGGUCACAUACAUCACCUUUGCAUGUUUUCUCUUUGGAUUUAUAAAAAAUAUAUGUUUUACUAGGAGAAUCAGUAAAGAGCAAAAAAAAUAAAGUCUUAGUGUAUGAGGUACUGAAACUAAAAUAAGGGAUUGCUUUCUAAUAAAGUCAAAUUCAGUUGAUAUUCUUUGAAAAAAUGUCAGUGUUUUUAAUACUUAUGUUGCCCAGUAACAGUAGCUGUUGAUUUUAAGAAGAGAUCAGGAGUGUUAUGUAAACCUCUCAAUCACUCUGCUGCAAACACUAUACGGAAUUUUCUGUCUUAACUCUGUUUCAGUAACUUACAAACUAAGAUGUGAGACAGUUAUGUUGGUUUUUAUUUAUUUUUCGGUCAUUUUUGUGGGACUUUUGGAAACCUACAUUUGUAUUGUUGUUUUCAAAGGGAAGGCUGUACGGUUUGUGAGGAAGUGCUGCUAGCUUGUUUAAAAGGUGUUUUUAUUUAUAAACGGUGGUUAAAUGGUGAUUUUUUUUGUUGAAUCUAAGCUAUGGACAUGUGAUGAGUUUUAAAAGAAGGCUCGAUAAGAUGUUGCUUAACUGGCAUUACAUAAUGUCCUUAGGACAAGCAGCUUCCUUCAUGCCAUAUCAAUGCAUUUUCAGCAAUAGUUUGUCCAAAUAAAUGUGGUUGCUGGUUCAACAUCAUAACCCCAUAAUGACCACAGUCA